AUGGAGAGAGAUGAUGUUAUUGAACAUCACAGGAGAUCCCCUAACUUUUCCAGGUGCAUGAUGUCCCCUUCAUGCUUUCCAGUGCAGGGGGAAAUGGAGUACACUCGCCUCCACAGCUCCGGCCGCAGCAAGAGAAGCCCGCGAUGGCGAAACUUGCUGCGGAGGUUGCUGAGUGAUAGGGGCAGAAGCAGAAACAUGUAUGGGUCCAAAACUACCUCGUUUCAGUAUGAUGCAGUCAGCUAUUCCCAGAAUUUUGAUGAGGGGUGUCACUUGCAGGAACAAGCAAAUAGACGACAUAUUCAAGCCAUGUUUCAUGAUGUGAGAUGGGAUCGCUCACAUGAGUGA